UUUCUAUCAGACGCAACAAGACAAAUUUCGAUUAAGCAUGUACCGCAUUGGAGUGAUGGUUGUUUUUUCUUUGGUGCUGGAGGCGAACUGCUUUCCAGACGGCGCCCCCGUGGAUGCUUGCGUGAAGCCCAGGGUUAACCAGCCGUACCACGGACAAGCCAGGCCCCAAUCACCAGAAACCAACCCGUUCCAGGUUCUGCAAUCAGAGGCCGAUUAUGGACCGGGAACUCAGAUCACAGUGACCAUCCAAGGAGUGUCCAAUUUUAAAGGAUUCCUCAUCCAGGCCCGUGACGUCGCCUCCAACGAGUGGAUAGGAAGCUGGAUAGAGACCCCUAACACCAAAAUACAUUCCGAAUGCAGCGCCAUUACUCAUGCUGACCCUAAGCCGAAGCAAUCGGCUACGCUGGUGUGGCAAGCACCACAGAACACAAGAGGAGGAGAAGUGUACUUUACGGGAACCGUGCUGAAGGAGUAUUCAGAAUUCUGGUCAAAUUUAGUGUCUCAAGUUGGGUCGUAAAUAGGACUAGAAUUAAUAUUUAGAAUAAAUUUUGUAAAUUGUAAUAAAAAU